AUGAUUAAGACGCAGAUUCUUCAACAACAAACAAGGCGUCUACUUAGUAAUAGAAGUUGUUUCUUUCGAUCCUUUGAAACCCUAUCGGAUCCAAAUGGAACUCCCCUGAGUCGGGUCGGGAAAGAUUCAGAUCAGAAUGAGAAAUAGUGGAAACAAGAGCAACAUCAUGUGAAGCCCUCUGACCUCAGAUCCAGCAUCAAGAAUCUCUGUGACUCCAAAAAAUUCUCUAAAGCACUUGAGGCGUCAAAAUGGAUGGGUGAACAAAACGUUUUUGAAAUAUUUCCUGAAGACUACACAGCACGGUUUCAUCUCGUUGAGAAUCUUCUUGGUUUGGAAGAAGCCGAGAAGUUCUUCAAAAGCAUCCCAUAGAACAUGAGGGAUUACUCUGUCUACGCCACUCUCUUGAGCUCUUACACGAGAUCAAAGAAAGAAGUGGAUAAAGCCGAGUCCACGUUUGAGAAGAUGAGAGAGCUCGGGUUCCUCUUGAAACCUUUCCUGUACAACUCGAUGAUUUCUCUCUAUGGUCAGCUUCAAAAUCAAGAUAUGGUCGGGAAGCUCGUACACGAGAUGCUAGAAAACAACGUGGAGAUGGACGGUCCCACGGUGAACAGUGUUUUGAGUGUAUACGCGCCAAACAAGAUAAACGAGAUGGAGGGGUUUAAAACGUGGGUUGCUGAACAAGAAAUCAAAAUCGAAAGAGGCACGAUCGUUGCAAUGGAAAGGGCUUUCACUGCAUCCGGUUCAAUAGAAAAAGCCAUAGAGAUGUACGGUGAUGUUGCAAGGAGUGAAAGAAAAGUGCACGUUCUUUGGAAUGAGUGUAAGAAAGAAGCAAAAGAUGAGCGAUAUCGAACUGUGAUCAGCUCUUUAUUGAAGCUGAAUGAUGUACAAGGAGCAAAGAAGAUACAUGUAGAGUGGAAACCUGAAGGACCGAAGCUGGAUAAGAGCUGUGAGACUCCGCUCCCGUCUUUCCUUUUGUUUUUACUUUCGGAAAUCAGACGGACGGGUUAUCAAAUCCAUGAAACCGAUCCGUUUUUCAUCUGA